UUAAAAGAUGUAAUUUCGAACCAUGUGUUCUUCAUUACCGGUCUGUUAAACUAGUUAAUAACCGUGCAUAACCUAAGGGGAACUAUAUAUUUACACUAAGCAGAAUGGAGGAAAAUGAUGAUGCUGGAGCGUUAAUUGAAGAAGAUUAUUAUACGUUCUUUAAUAUUCCAAGAGAUGCAACACAGGAAGAGAUCAGUAAUGCUUAUCGUCGAAGCAGUCGCCUGUAUCAUCCCGAUAAGCAUGUCGAUCCCAUCCGUAAGAAAGAAGCGGAAAUUCUUUUCAACAAGACUAAGAAAGCGUAUGAAGUUUUGGGUGAUCCACAUCAAAGAGCAAUCUAUGACAGUCUUGGGACUCAUGGAUUGGAAACAGAGGGAUGGGAAAUAGUUCAGCGAACCAAAACACCUCAGGAAAUAAGAGAAGAAUACGAAAGAUUAGCAAGAGAGAGAGAUGAAAGAAAGUUGCAGCAAAGGACGAACCCAAAAGGAAGUGUGACAGUUCAUAUUAAUGCUACGGACCUUUUUAGUAGAUACAAGGAUGACCUUGCCUAUGAUGAUAGCGAAAAUGUGCACUUCCCGACUGUUGAGGUCAGUGGGAUGUCAAUCACACAGUCUAUUGAGGCUCCUCUUACGCUGCGUGAUACAAUGACGAUGUCUGGUCAGCUCUCGACGCAGAAUGGAACAGGGACCGGCUCUGUGGUGGUGUCUCUGCGUCGUCUGCUGUCUGAGAAAGGCUGGCUGGAAGUGGAUUUGGGGGCCGGGAAUGGACCCACAUUCACACUGAAGGGAUUUCGUACACUCACUAAACGAACAUUCAGUAACAUGGCCACCGUCUUCCACUUUACACCCCAUGGAAUACGGCCAGAUAUUGUCACUACACUGGCAACCCAGUUGGAUAAGCACACGGUGGGCUACUUGACAUGGCGAGCUGGAACUCAUUCAUCCAUGUCCACAACGAUAGUGCGGGACAACACGACAUCACAUGCAGCUUUCAGCAUGCAGUUUGGCAUUCCCCACUCCUUUUUUUCCUUGAGCUACACACACAAACUCGAGGAAAUGGAGCUCAAGUUGCGGGGAUCAAUCAAGGCAGGAACAUUUGGCGCAGUAGUGGAGUAUGGAGCUGAGAAAAAGGUGUCUCAACAUAGUUGGUUGGCUGCCUCAGUGGCUGUUGGCAUUCCGUCUGGUGUAACACUGAAAAUCAAACUGAGUCGAGCGAAUCAGACAUACAUCUUCCCUAUUCGCUUGAGUGAUGAGCUGAUUCCCAGCCCAGUGUUCUAUGCUACUGUGACUCCAGUCAUUGUUUGGGCUGUUGUGAAGAAGCUGAUAGUGGACCCAAUUGUUCAUGAACAGAAGAAGCGAGAUAAGGAAAAACAGCGUGAACUGAACAAAACAAGAAUGGCAGAGAAGAAGAGAGAGGCACAGGCAGCGGUGGAGCUGAUGCGAGCCACGUUUGCUCGUGUACGGAGCGAUGAAGAGGCAAAGAGGGGCCUAGUUAUCAUAAAGGCUCUGUAUGGACGAUUAGUGAAUGUCCCUGGUGUCAGCACAAGUGGGGCUGGAGAAGCGGGUAGCAGUACUGAACCAGAGUACUUGGAUGAGGUGAUUGAUGUAAUGAUUCCACUCCAGUGCCUUGUUAAGGAUGCCAAACUCGUGCUGCAUGAAGCAUCCAAGAGUCAGUUGCCUGGGUUCUAUGAUCCUUGUGUGGGUGAAGAGAAGUUGCUGCUAGUGCAUUAUCUCUUCCACAGUCAUGUCCAUGAAGUUGUUGUACAGGAUAACGAGUCUCUCAGGAUACCCAAACAAUCUCACCGGGUGAAUGCAACAUGACAGCACUGAAGCCCUUAGUCAUUUUCCAUAGUUUGAAGACUCAUGUCUGUGUAAGUACUACAUAACUUAAAGAAAAAGAAAAGAAAAAAUGAAGCAA